ACUGAAGAGGGCGGGCCUGAGCCUUCGCUUGGGCUUGGUUUGGAAGGCUUGGCGGCCCUGCCUCCGCCGCGCCCCCGAAGCUGGGAGAAAGAGAGGGGCGAGAGGGGGAGAGGAGGUGUUAGGGCAUCUCGGCACCUCCGGAGCAGCCCGAGCGGUGUCGGCGGCCACCGCAGGGGAAGCCCGGGAGCCAGAGCUUCAGCCUCUGGCGCUGCAGCUGGCUCGGAUUGGGGGUGCGGAGCUACAUCUGUUUCAAUGGUGCUGCUUUCUUCGUUCUCUUUAUGUAGCCACUUACCUUCAGGCCAUUCAGAGGAGAGCAAAGUGGGGAAUAUGAAAUCAGCCAAGCAGCAAGUGAAUCACAGCCAAUGUGGGGAGAACCAGCCUCCCCUGAGCCCCCUGCGGUCUGCUCUGAAUUCAGUGGUAACUUCUUCCCAGGCCUAUGAGACCUACAUUGAUAAUGGACUCAUAUGUCUCAAACACAAGAUUAGAAAUAUUGAAAAAAAGAAGCUCAAACUAGAAGAUUAUAAGGAUCGUCUGAAAAAUGGGGAGCCACUCAAUUCAGACCAGUUGGAAGCAGUAGAAAAGUAUGAAGAAGUAUUACAUAAUUUGGAAUUUGCCAAGGAGCUUCAAAAAACUUUUUCUGGACUCAGCCAAGAUCUCCUGAAAGCCCAGAAGAAGGCUCAGAGAAGAGAGCACAUGAUAAAACUUGAGGCUGAAAAAAAGAAGCUCCGGACUAUAUUUCAAGUUCAGUAUGUCUUACAGAACUUCACACAAGAACAUGUACAAGAAGACUUCAAAGGUGGCUUGAAUGGUGCAGUGUAUUUGCCUUCAAGAGAACUAGACUACCUCAUUAAGUUUUCAAAACUCACAUGCCCUGAGAGAAACGAGAGUUUGAGUAUUGAAGACCAGAUGGAACAGUCAUCUCUCUACUUCUGGGACCUCUUGGAAGGUAGUGAGAAAGCAGUGGUAGGAACAACAUACAAACACAUGAAGGAUCUGUUGUCUAAACUGCUUACCUCUGGCUAUUUUGAAAGUAUUCCUGUUCCCCGAAACAACAUUAUAAAGCAAAAAGAAUUGGAUGAAAAAAUCGGAGGAAAAUCAGAGAAGAAACAGUUGUUACAGACAGAAUCUGUUAAGGAAUCAGAAUCUCUUAUGGAAUGUACGCAGCCUGAGAUACAACCACAAGAGUUUCUCAACAGACGCUACCUAUCUGAAGUUGAGUAUUCAAGCAAGAAACCAGAGGGACAGCAAUCUUGGGAAGAAGAUUAUACCAGGAAGUCAAAUCUUACAAAAUGCUGGGAAGUGAUUGCUGACUUAGAAGGCCAGAAGAAGCUGGAGUCCCUAAUGUCUUGGGAUUCUGUUAAGCAACAGGAGACUUCAAAACCUGUAUUAACUACAGAACAGGAUAAUCAUCAGGAGAGUCCUAAAUCCACUACUGUUGCUCUUCAGGAAGAGCAGAAGAAGCAAGAAAUCUCAAAAUCCAAUGUAGUCUGUGGGACAUGGGAACAAGACAUUCCUAAAUCUAAUGCAGUCUGUGGUGAGGAGGAACAGAAGAAACAAGAGUCACUAAAGCCCUGGGUUGCUCCUUUGCAGAAAGAGUUGGAGCCAAAGAAACAGACUUCCAAAUCUUGGACUCCUUCCACACAGAAUGAACAGAAGGCCAUUAGAUCUUGGCCAGCUUCGAUUAAUGAAGAACAAGAUACAAAACCACCUGAGAUUUCAGAGCCAUGGGAAGGCAAUGUUGAGAGUCAGAAACAGGCUUUGUUGCAGCAGUUACAGUCUCCUUCAAAGUCCUGGGGACCUCCAGCAGGAAGCCUUGUAGUGAAUGGGCAGCUGAUGACCAGGAAGUAUGAUUCAGAAUCCAAAGAUGUGCCUAAGCUUUUGAAUCAGUCUGCAGAUACGCCUUCUGCCCCUCCAAAUGAUUCCGUUCUAAGGAAAGAAAAGCUUCAGGAUCUGAUGACUCAGAUUCAGGGAACUUACAACUUUAUGCAGGAAUCGGUUUUGGAUUUUGACAAGCCUUCAAGUGCAAUUCCUUCACCACAACUGCCUUCAGUUAUUCCAGAUAGUCCUGAAGCUUCCAUAGAACAAAAACCACCCAACCAAAAUGACUUUCUUCAAGAGCCAUUACAAGCUGCUGCUUCUCCUGUUAAGCAUAGUACAAAUUCUUUAGUGAUUGCUGACCAAGCUUCUUCUGGAUCUGAAACGGAACUAGAGCAGCUUUCACUGAAAUGCUCCAAGGCAGCAAUUCCUCCAAGUAAGCAGCGAACUUCACUACCUUCUGCAAAUCCUCCCCUGUCACAAGCUUCCCAGGAACAGGUCUUCCAGUCACCUCCAGCAAGCAGUAGUACGGUAUUCAAUGUGAAUGCACCUUUGCCUCCACGGAAAGAGCAAGACAUAAAAGACUCGCCUUAUUCAAGUGGAUAUAAUCAGAGUUACACUACAGCAAGUACACAGACAGCCCCCCAGUGCCAAUUGCCAUCUACACAUGUGGAACCAACUGCUCUCUCUCAAGAGCAGACUGCAAACAGUCAACCUGAUGGAGCAAUUCAAGUAAGCAGUGGUAGCCUUGCCUUUUAUCCUGCACAGACUAAUGUGUUCCCCAGAUCCACCCAAUCAUACCUUAGUAACCGAGGAUCUAUUAGAGGAUCUACUCGUGGUGGAAGAUCACUGACAAAUUCUUUUCGCUCUCCUGGUGGAUAUAAAGGUUUUGAUACUUACAGAGGAUCCCCUGUCAUUGCCAAUGGCAGUUAUGGUCAACUGCAGUUCCAAGCUAGAGAAUAUCCUGGGACACCAUAUUCCCAGAGGGAUACUAAUUUCCAGCAGUGUUAUAAACGAGGAGGACUCUCUGGUAGUUCCCGUACAAGUUCAAGAGCAGGGUGGAGUGAUUCUUCUCAGGUGAACAGUCCAGAACGAGAAAAUGAAACCUUCAACAGUGUCGACUCUGGACAAGGAGACUCUCGAAGCAUGACCCCAGUGGAUGUGCCAGUGACAAGUCCAGCAGCCACCAUAUUGCCAGUACAUGUAUAUCCUCUCCCCCAGCAGAUGAGAGUUGCCUUCUCAGCAGCCAGAACCUCUAACUUGGCCCCUGGAACUUUGGACCAGCCUAUUGUGUUUGAUCUUCUUCUGAACAACUUGGGAGAAACUUUUGACCUUCAGCUUGGUAGAUUUAAUUGUCCAGUAAAUGGCACUUAUGUUUUCAUCUUUCACAUGUUAAAGUUGGCAGUGAAUGUUCCACUAUAUGUUAAUCUGAUGAAGAAUGAAGAAGUUUUAGUAUCGGCUUAUGCUAAUGAUGGUGCUCCAGACCACGAAACUGCUAGUAAUCACGCAAUUCUUCAGCUGUUCCAGGGAGACCAGAUAUGGUUACGUUUGCAUAGGGGAGCAAUUUAUGGAAGCAGUUGGAAAUAUUCUACUUUUUCAGGAUAUCUCCUUUAUCAGGACUGAAAACUUACUACAAAUUUAUACUAGAUAAAGCUCUUUGUGAUUGGGGAUCAAAGGAGAAAUUGACCAUUCACUUAUGAUUGAUUUCAUAGGAAAAAUAUGAUUUCUGGAGGAAUUAGGAAUUCUUUUUUUCUUUACAUCCUUCCAUUCCCAGCCUCCUACCCUGCAAGUGAAAUCCUAAAGUUGAAUUACUAACUCAGCAUUGAUCUAGCACCUCAUAAAUUGUGAUGCAGCCUUGCUAGUAAAGCUGUGAAUGUAUGUUAUUUGCCAUGAAUCUUUAAAACUGUAUCAAUGUCCAAGCUUACUACACUGAUUGCCUCAAAUUCAGUAAAGUUACAAUGCCUUGUUGUGCCUCAAUAAAACAGUAAUAUGCACUGUAGUUUUGCUGCUUAAUUGAAAAUAGACUCUUGGUAAUGCUUUUGCAACUAUCAGAUAACCAAAGGGAGCAUGUAUUGAGUAAAAUGUGGUGGUGUAGUUGACUUUUCUCAUUUACUUAAUGGGUCUUUAUUGAGCAUUACUUCUAACUCAUAUAUAAAACACACGGACCCUCUAAUCUAAUAGGCUUAAAACAAUAAAUAACUAGCUGUUUGAUCACAGAUAAGUCACUUAACCUCUCAGAGCUUGUUUUCUUAUUUUGCAGUAUUUGUAAUACCUACCUCACAACAUUGUUGAUUUUGCAAACCUUAAAGCUGUACAUAUUAUUGUCAAAUGUCACAUUCUCCCAGUAGUGAUUCUAUAGUUGUGUGUAGUCUUCGUGUAGAAAACCUUGCUAAAGCACAGGUCUGACUAUAUCACCCUCUUUAAUAAAGUUGUGAUACCCUAUUACCUCUAAUUACAAUUAUAAAAAUCUGUUUGGCUUUUAAAGUCCUUCAUAACCUAGCUUCCUGCAUACCUUUAUGAUCUUUUUAUACCUUAAUCCCUUCCACAUGAUCUGCUGUUCAGUAACAUUUGUUUCAUUGUUAUUCCUCAUACAAGCUAUGUCAUUUUUAGAUUCUGCAUUUUCACUGACUCUCGUCCAUGCCUUGAAAUCUCUCCUUCCUCAUCUCUAUAUAAUAGAGAAUAUGAUCACAUGCUAAACUACUAGAUCCUUUUUUACUGGAAAAAUAUUUACAACACUAUUCUAUAAGCUCCAAAUCAGUGCCUCUGAUAUUCAGGAAUGGACCAAAAAUGUGUAAAUGCUAUUUGGGCUUCUCAGUUUUCUUUUGACAUUACCUUCAUUUGCCAAAAUACUCCUCUUUUUUAAGUACCCUCAAGGCUGAUUUGUAUUAUAGAGUCUAUCUCAUUUUUGACGAUUUCAAAUCCGCUCUAUAAAAAUUGGAAUAAUUAAGAAGGGAGUGAGAAUUGGGUAGCUUUUUCCAAUCAAUGGAUCCAUUGGCCUUGGGACAUACCUCCAGGGGCUUAAAUGACUAUGCUUAUAUUAUGCCUUUUUUGUCUUGAAUAUGCUUGGGUUUAUUCUUUCAACAUCUAGCCAGUUUUCUUCUGAAUUUGAAAAAUUCUCAAUUUUAAAAAAUAAAGGAGGGGGCAGUUAGGUGGCACAGUGAAUAGAGUACUGGCCCUUGGGUCAGGAAGACCAGAGAUCAAAUCUAGCCUCAGAUACUUACUAGGUGUGUGACCCUGGUUGCCUUUAAAAAAAAAAAAAAAGGAGAUAAUGAAGGAGAGUGUUCAUUAAGUGUUAGUUAUGACAUACUAAUGAUUUCCAAACUUUGUCAUUUCCUUCAUGAUUUUUCCAACAUUUUAUUUCAAAUAAAAUCAACAACUUAUUAAAAUGUAUUACAUUUAAAUAUACAAAAAUGACCUAAUAGAUUUAUUGGAAAAUCAUUGAUAAUUGCAUAUUUAUAACAGAAUCCAUCAAGUAUUAAUGUAGUGAGUAGGCUUGCUUUUUUAACUGCAAAAUUUUCAUAAUGUCAUUAAUUUUGCUACUCAGUACUUUCUCAACCACUAAUUAAGAUAUCUUUAUAAAAGCUACAACAAAAAUAUUCUAGAUGGUUGUAAAAUUUGUAUCAAAUUUGUUAAACCACAUUACUCACCUUAAGCCAAAAAAUAACAUUAUCAGGUUCAAACGCUUGUUUUAGUGUACUAUCACGAGACAACUCAAAUAAGUCUUUGUUCAGGAGUAAAAUUGGAUAACAUCAUUUCUUCAUGGCAAAUGUGUUUCUUAUUCAUAUUUUAAAAUAGGAACUUUAAAGGAGAAUUGCUUCUGCAGACUGAUCAAAUAAGCAUAUUUUCUAUCUGCAAAGUAGAUUUUUUUAAAUUGGGAAAGAUUUUUUAAAGUUUGGGAUAAAGAUAUCUAAAUCUUUAACAUUUUCAAUCAAUUAGAUUAUCUUUUUGGAUUAGAGUAUGAGAAAGAACCUUGAAUUGAUUUGUAGUACUCGCUUUUUAAAAAAUACCCACAAAAUAUGUUUCAGGAGGAAUUUUUUUUCAUAAAAUGAACUUGUUUCCUCUUAAUCACUUAGAAAAAUGUUAAUUACUUUAGCUCAAACACUUUUCAGAAUCCUUUGGCAAGAGAAAGCCCUUGUCUCUUGCAGUAAUAAAGAAGUAUCUUAUGAUCUGCUCCUGUAUCAUCACAAUUUUACUAAGACAUUCUCUUCAUUAGAAUUUUAUGAAGUUGAUUGAUUACUCUUGUAACAACUUGAAAAAGUGCAUUUGAAUAAGACUUUUAGACAAGUUGUGUAAGCAGUCCUUUUGAUGUCACAGAGCCUUUGGAAAUUUUAUCUGGAAAAUCUCUUGCUUUGCAAACAUUUUGCACAUAGACUUUUGGAAUAUCACUAUGAUAUUUCAUGCUGUUUUCAGACAAAGCAUUCAAACAAAGCAAAUACAGUGGUUCUUCAAAGACCAGCACUUGUGAAUCCCAGUGAUAGAGUAGAUUGUAUUUUUUGGAUGUGGGCUUUUAUAUACUUGGUAUUGCUAUACUUCCACUAUUUAAACUAGUUGCUUGUAAUAAUUUCAGCUGCUCCUGUAAAUCUCUUUAAACUGGUUAUGUAUUUCUCAUGAAGAGGUUA